UAUUCCAGGCACUUGCGGCUCGUCUGCAGCGGUAGGAGCGAAGGAGGCGAGAGACCAGAGAGGAGCUCACCUCCUCAAGCUGCGAGUGAGGCAGGGACGAAAAGAAAGAGAGAGAGAGACAGAGACAGAGAGAGGAGAAAGAGAAGAAGGCUGUGGAGUAACAACCAAAGAAAGACAAGAAAGAGAGAGACAGAGACAGAAAGAGAGAGAAGACGGCAGCGGCUCGGCGGAGGAGUGUUUAAUUGUCUGCGCUAAAGUGUCUUUUACGCACAGAUUCGACAUGUCAUCGUCCGGCAAAGACAACAGCGGUGCCCAGCACGCCAAUCACGUGGGACCUUACCGUUUGGAGAAGACACUGGGGAAGGGACAGACAGGCUUGGUCAAGCUGGGAAUCCACUGUGUAACAUGCCAGAAAGUCGCCAUAAAGAUUGUUAACCGGGAGAAACUCAGCGAGUCAGUACUAAUGAAGGUCGAGCGAGAAAUAGCUAUUCUGAAGCUCAUAGAACACCCACACGUUUUAAAGCUACACGACGUCUACGAAAAUAAAAAGUACUUGUACCUUGUGCUAGAACAUGUGUCUGGCGGGGAACUGUUUGACUACCUGGUGAAGAAAGGCAGGUUAACGCCGAAAGAGGCCAGGAAAUUCUUCCGACAGAUCAUGUCUGCGCUGGAUUUCUGCCACAGUCAUUCCAUAUGCCACAGGGAUCUGAAGCCAGAGAACCUGUUGCUAGAUGAAAAGAACAACAUCAGGAUAGCAGACUUCGGCAUGGCCUCCCUCCAGGUCGGAGACAGUCUGCUGGAAACCAGCUGUGGAUCUCCACACUACGCCUGCCCAGAGGUCAUCAGGGGAGAGAAGUAUGACGGGAGGAAAGCAGACGUCUGGAGCUGUGGGGUCAUUCUAUUUGCCCUGUUGGUGGGUGCCCUGCCGUUUGAUGAUGACAACCUGAGGAAUCUUCUGGAGAAGGUGAAGUUGGGAGUGUUUCACAUGCCACACUUCAUUCCACCAGACUGUCAGAACCUGCUCCGCGGCAUGAUUGAAGUGGACGCUACCAAAAGACUAACGUUAGAACAGAUCCAGAAGCACACAUGGUACAUAGCGGGGAAGAACGAGCCGGAGCCCGAGCAGCCGGUGCCCAGGAAGGUGACGAUCCGCAGCCUGCCCUCCGCAGACGAUGUGGACCCCGACGUCCUGGACAGCAUGCACUCCCUGGGCUGCUUCAGGGACAAGAACAAACUGCUGAAAGACCUGCUGUCAGACGAAGACAACCAGGAAAAGAUGAUCUACUUCCUGCUAUUGGACCGUAAGGAGAGAUAUCCAAGCCAGGAGGAUCAGAACCUCCCCCCUCGCAAUGAGAUCGAUCCUCCCCGGAAGCGGGUCGACUCUCCCAUGUUGGCCCGUCACGGGAAGAGGAGACCGGAGAGGAAGUCCAUGGAGGUCCUCAGUGUCACAGACGGAGGCUCGCCUGUGCCGGCCAGGAGGGCCAUCGACAUGACACAGCACGGCCAACGUAAAUCAGUGUACAGUAAAAGCUUGGAUAUUCCUGACGCCCGUACAAAAUGCAGCCAAGACGAAAGGUCGCGGUCUAUCAGCGGCGCCUCCUCCGGCCUCUCCACCAGCCCCCUCAGCAGCCCACGGCCUGUCAGAAAGUUUUGUGUGCCGCCUCAGCCCGCAGACAUGUCCCAGUCCCCCAACACCAGCCCCUGCCCGUCUCCAGAGCCUGUCCCCAAUCGCACGGGCCCGUGUGUCUCCACCCCCAACUCGCUCUCUCCAAACACCGAGCUCCUGCCGCUGUCGCUCAACAAGACGCAGACGCUCCCGGCCAAACCCAAACUCGCCCCGAAGCCCCUCCAGGCCACACGAUCCAACCCGCUCCCCGACACCUUCCCAGGUCCAGGGGCCAAAUCGGAGCCGUCCUCUCCCUGCCUGCUCCCUUCACAUGCUCCCAUCCCGAACAGCCCACACGUACGGCGCUCCCAUUUUGCCGCCGGCCCCCAGCUCUCCGUGUCCUUUAGCCCGGUGGUGCCCCUGUCGCCCAUCCGGCUGCACCACUUUCACCCCGUGGCACCGGCUUCUUCUGCUUUCUCUGACCACCCACCCAAAUCUAUCCCCCUCAUACAGGUUACCCCCCACCCCUCCCCUCGAGGCAGCCCCCUCCCCACCCCAAAGGGCACCCCGGUGCACACUCCCAAGGACAGCCCAGCCGGGACCCCCAACCCGACGCCGCCCCCCAGCCCUUCCAUUGGAGGCAUGCCAUGGAGGACGCGUCUCAACUCCAUCAAGAACAGCUUCCUGGGCUCGCCACGCUUCCACCGCAGGAAACUCCAAGUUCCCACACAAGAGGAGAUGUCCAGCCUCACACCAGAGUCUUCCCCAGAACUUGCCAAAAAAUCCUGGUUUGGUAACUUCAUCAACCUGGAAAAAGAGGAGCAGAUCUUCAUCGUGAUCCAGGACAAGCCUCUGAGCUCCAUCAAGGCCGACAUCGUUCAGGCCUUUCUCUCGAUCCCCAGCCUCAGCCACAGCGUGAUCUCCCAGACCAGCUUUCGAGCGGAGUACAAGUCCACGGCCGGACCCACAGUCUUCCAGAAGCCGGUCAAGUUCCAGGUGGACAUCACCUACACGGAGAGCACGGCCGCCACCAAGGAGAACGGCAUCUACUCCGUCACCUUCACCCUGCUCUCAGGACCCAGCCGGCGCUUCAAGCGAGUAGUGGAGACGAUCCAGAGUCAGUUGUUAAGCACACACGACCAGCCCGGGGUCCAGCAGCUGUCUGGCAGCCCAUUGAGUAACUUCUUUGACGUAAUUAAACAACUUUUUUCAGACGAGAAGAACGGCCAGGGGCCCUACGGCCCGGGCACGCCCUCCAAGCGCUGCCCCUCGCCCAUGCACGCCCGGAGGCACGAGCACGAGCACAAUGACACCAAGUGCCCGGCGGCGGGCCGAGACAGGGCCAAGUUGUCCAUGUCGUCUCUGGGGACACAAGAGGAGUCUUAAACUGCGACACUGGGUAGUCGGGCCAGUGCUAAAAACCCAUCCCAGCAUAAGCCAGCGACAAAGAGAGAAUAUCUGUAUAUAGCUAGAUGUAUAUAAUCAUUUAUGGACCUUUUUUUGUAUAAAAUAACUUUAUAUAGACAGAAAUAUAUUAAGAGAAAGAGAUAUUUUAACAAGGAGCAUUCUGCACCUACACCACAAACACACUCCCUCCAUUCCCUUUUGCAUUUACGCCUCAGUGUCCACCACCACC